AGAGCCCUCUACAGAUCAACUGCAGUCACUGUGAGUCCACAUGAGGACAGGAAGUGGUAGAGGAAGUCCAGCUGCAUGGACGCUAGUCUCCAUGGAGACACCGCAACAAGUCAGCAUGUGGAGGCAGAGAUUUGGCAGGACUUAAAGAGGUGUCUUUCUUUUCUUUUUUUUUUGUUGGACGUUGGAUUUGGCAGUUUGUAACCCCUGUGGCAGAGAGAAGGUCUGCCAUGUGUGACGUGUACAGAGUGGAGCAGAUGGAGGCUGAGCUGUCACAGCAGCUCUCAGCACUCCAGGCAGAAAUAGAAGAAAAUGGAUUUCCCCGCAGAGAAGCGCCCUCCAGAUGUUACAGCUCUGUUUCACCUCCAAAGGAUGUUUCCUUCUUCCGCGUAGAGAGGGAACACGCACUGAGGAGAGGGCUCCAGGUGUCUGAAGCUUUGCCGGUUCAGUCUCAGGCCGACAUCGUGCAGAGAGAGCUGGACAGUUGCCUGAGUUUAGAGUACACUCCUGACAGUCUGCCUCCACUGCUGCACCAGUUCUUCACCGACAGAUCGUAUCACUUGGCUCAGAUCAAAUAUCUGCUCAUGCUCAGAUGGAGGAGAUUCUGCCGCCACAGUGGCGUCAUUGAGACGCUUUAUCCUCAUUACAAGGAUCAGGUGUCGUAUUUGACGCGUGAGUACGAGGACGCCGUUCAGAGAGCUCGCAGGCUGUCGGCGAGCAGAGAUAACAUCCUGACCGGCCGAGGAAACGCAGCCAGCCUGCUCGCUCAGGAUGACGUGGUCAUUUACCUGCGGUGGCUCGUCUGCCAUCUGCACUCUGUUCACACUGUUCACAACUUCCUCAGGGUGCUGCACUACAUACCAGCAUGUGAGAGAGAAGAAGAGGCACAAUCAAAGGUUGAUGAGGGAACUUCACAUGCUGCUGGUGUUCCAGGGCCGGCUGAUACUGUUCCCCUGCACACUGUUCACCUGGAGGAGUUUCUACCUGAGCUGCAGGCUUUGAUCGCCCACUUCCACCUGCCCCACGACCCUCAAAACCUCAGGACCACCGCGGACGAGAUGGAGCUGUUCAGCACGGUGUGGAGGGAGUUCAGGACGGUGUUCAGACAACAGGAGCAGAUGAAGACGUUUCCUCAGUACGACGGGUCGGAGGUCAAACAGAGCCAGUGGGGGAGGACGAGCGCCGGCCUGGCUGUGAGGAAGGAGGCCGACUGGAUCCCCUUCAUUCAGGUGAAUCCCAAACGAGACCCGUGGCAGCAGAAACUCCUCAUGAAGCUGAAGGAAAAGAAAUCUGUGGAUGAGCUGCUGAAGAUGCACAGCAGGUUCCUGCAGGUCCCUGAUCUGCUCUGCGUGGCCUCGGCUCUAAAAGCACAAGCCGCUCACGUCGCUGACUUACAACCUGCACCGACUUCCUCCUCGCUCUCACGAGGCAGCGAGACGAGACGACACAAGACCGCCGAGAUCUGGACGAGUAUUUACAGCGCCGUCUCUCUCGCUCAGGAAACACACCAGCGGUCAACCGGAUCCGGAGGCAGAGGAGGUCACGAGAAGGAGAGCUUGAAGAGUCAAACCAAAGAAAGCUACUCUUUCGAGGACACCCUGCAGCUGCUGGGUCUGGAUGAAAGUUUAGAAGACAGACGCUCUGAUCCCGUCGUGACCAGAGGAGCCUACCUGUCUCUGAUCUACCUGCGUCAUCUCAAACUCAGACAGCUGCAGCGCGUUUCUCUCGGGCUGCUGAACUACCUGCGUUCUCUGGAGAGGACUUUGACCUUUGACCUGGCGGGUCUGCAGCUGGAGGAAGGAGAGCUGUGCAGCACGGCGGAGGAAACAGGCUGGAUGAACGCAGCUAGAGGAGGAGGAGGAGAGGCGGGAGGUCUCGGCUCGCUCCAGUUCAGCCACAACACUCCUGUCGACUGUAAGGUCCAUUGCUCAGAGUUCAUGCAGUUUGCUGAGGUGGAGAACCUUCAUGAUUUCUACAGUGUUGAAGGCCGGUUCGUCCACACUCAGGACCAGAGAGGUUUCUACGUCGUGUACGAUGUCGCUCUGCAGGACCUGGAGGAGCUGGAGAAGCAGAUUCUUCUAGUCGGCUCACGUUUCAUCCAGAGGAACACCGUUAAAAAGAUGAGAGGCACAGAGGCAGCAGACGUCCGGGCCUGGGCCGGGUCAGAGGUCGACCGUGUCGCGGUGCUCCUCGACCUGUGGACAUGUGAGACUGAGUUUUUGGAGAGCAAAGUCCAGCUCUUGAACUGUUACUACGAGGCGUACCAGCACGCAGCAGGGACGGAGGAGAGGUUUCAGUUGGCUCGAGUUGUUACCGACAUCAUGCACAGUCGGCCACAACUGGACCUGGACCAGGAUUACUUGGUUCAGGCCUACAGGGCCGAGAUAGACUGCCUGAGAAGCCACCGGCAGCUGAUCAGAGGCGUUUUGGACAAUCAGAUCGACUCACAGCGGCAGUACCUCCAACGCAUCUGGAGAGACGACCACAGAGGCUCUGUUCAGGAUUUCGGACGUCCACCAAACUACGUUCCCAAACAUCCGGUCUCACUCGGAGGCAGCAGGCGAGUACAUACAGAAGUCUUUGUCGAUUUGGCGUCCUCCAAAAGUAUGUUUACCCUCUUGUGUCCUGUCUGCAGCCCUGCACUGAUGAAUGUCUUCCUCCUGGAGGUCCAUCCGUCCCUCUGCCUGGCUUCUGCAGUCUAUCACAGCUUAAUUCAGGCUCACACAGAAAUCUGUCAGCUGCACCGAGCUGCCAGCAUCUCCGACAAGCUCGCCCUGCGACAGAGGCUCCUGCAGCAGGCCCUGCAGAGCUGGAACACCCUGGCCUCACCUGGAGCCUCCUACAGCUCUCAGAUACAGAAGGAUCUGUUCUCAGAUGUGUUUUUUGAGGACCCGGUUUCGGUCCAGAACGUGGGACUGUCGUUGGUGAGAUCUGCAGAGGAGACAGACAUGAUGCAGGGAAGAGAGAAGCAGCUGUACGCCGUGGAGACUUUCUCCAAGCUGCUGGAGCUCGUCACCAUCCGCCAUCGCCUGCUGGAGGCAGCCUCGGAGACGGCACACCUGGCUCAGUUGUACAGAAACGUGGCUUCAGAGCUCGGCUUCGACGACUUCCACCUUCACCUGAGGCCGGUGCAGUUCGAGGUCGCUGAACAGAAAGACAAAGUAGAGCAGAGGCCUGUUUUCAUCACAGCGAUACUGGAGGACGACAGCUGUGUGGACAGGUUCAGCCCGUCCCACCUGCCCCUGAGCAUCCAGGAGCUGGAUGAGAACCAGAUCGGGAGGUUCAGCUUCAGCUCAGAGGAGGCUGUCGUUCAUCUCCUGAACAGACACAGCGUGGAGAACCUCCAGGUGACUCUGGCCUGUCAGGUGGCGCAGAAGAACGCUUUAAUCAGCGCGGUGAAGCUGGUUUGUCUUUGUCGCCGGGCGGAGAGUGUGACGCCUUCAGCCGAGCGUGAUGCGGCCCUUCAUCCCGAUAAAGAUUUAAAAAUCGACUACAAAUGUGAAAGCGGCGCAGACAAACAGCGGGAGAAAUCAGACUCUUCGCCCUCCGAAGGCUCGGCAAGAACUCCCACCACGACCAGGGAGAGGCUGAUGGAAGCUUUUGUGUCCAUCCAGCUGGAAAAAGUGGGCCUGCGUGACGAGAUGCUGAAUUCAUUUAUGAAGAAGAAGCGGGCCGCGGGGGGUCUGAUAAGAACCCCAGAAGAAGCUGCAGCGAUCAAGAGGAGGCUCGUCGUCGACUUUCUCAAGACAUUCAGCGCUCAGAUAUCUCAGUACUCUGUGAGAGCGCAGAUUGUUGCGUAUUACUUCAGUCUGUCCUCCCUUCUGGACGACGUCCCCUCCGUCCGUCAGUCCCACUUCAUGAUCGGAAAAGCUGGCGAGCCAAAAGUCUCUCUGGACUCGGGCGCUGACCUUUGCCCCGACCCCAGGACGUUUCAGCGUCGGCCGCAGCAGCUGCUGUCUGCAGACGGAAAGACUCUCCUCAACCUGUGGUUCAUCCCGCACUUCUCUCAAGUGCUCCACAUGUUUAAAACACUGAGUGUUUCAGCCUGUAGCGCUGCUCUCCAUCACACUCUGCAGAUAGUUUCAGCUCUACAUGACAUCACUUAUUACCUGGUUAGUUUCUCCAGACUGGGGAACACAGGUGAGGACGUACCAGGCUCACUGGCAGCUGACUGGGGAGGCACUCAAGGCAUCAGAUCAGAGCUGCUGGAGAUCCAGCGUCAGGUCGACCGUCUGUCUGCUCCCAGCAGCCCCGAGUGUGUCGGCCGUCUGCUGCAGCUGCGCCGGCAGGUCCUCCUGCUGCAGUUUGAUGCUGCAGUCAGACAUCUCAUCAGGGAGGCGUUCCUCUCCUCCGGUGAUGUCGCCUCUUACCAGAGCGUGAGCGACAACAUGGCGGCCGCCCUCCCCCUGCUGAGCGACAGCAUCCAGCCUGACGUGUUCAGUCUCACGCUGCCCGUUCCUCCACCUCUAGAGGCUCGAGGCCAUCAGGCGCAGAGGAUGUAUCCGUGGAGAAGCUUCAUGGCCUGUCAGGGAUUGUUCCCUCUGUCUGUUUGGGACGUCCCUCCCAUCGAAGACUGCAUGCAGGUUCAACAUCUCCUGUGUCUGAGCGGUCUGAGCGAGCGCAGCAGACUGCAGGCCAACGCUGCGAUGCUCGGCGUGUCGCUGCUCAUGGAGGACGUCCUGAACGGCGGAGGAGAGGCAGAGCCCGUCCGUCUCCAUGGCAACGGAGACGACCUUCUGCAUGAUGGAAAACCUAAUGAACGGGAUGAACUCUGUUUGGAAGCUGAGGAAGAAGAUGAAGGAGUGUCAGACUCCAUGUCUCCUCUCCGGGACCCCAUCAGAGUCCAGUCGGUGCUGAAAGGUUUCCUCCUGCUGUUGAAGCAGCUCCAGGUGUUCAAGGAGAGCUGGGCACGCAGACGUCUGGCUGUCCAGAUGUUCAGGACGUCCAGUUUGUACCAGCAGUUCGUGAAACUCUACAGAGCUGAGAUCUUUCACCCCAGUAUGAGGGCUCUGGCUCAACACCUGGGCACAGAGCAGGACUACGAGCUCUUACUCUCUGGCAGCCAGUCUCUCCUGUCGCCCCCCGGAGCCUCGGAGCUCGAUGUGAAAACCUGGCAGCUCCACAAACUGCUGGAGAGCUGCGAGUGUGACAUGAUCAGAGCGACGCAGAGGAGGAUCAACAGAGAGCUGACGCUGGUGGUGUCCGAGAGGACUCGACAGGACUCAGGCCUCCCGACAGAGCUGUGGAAGAAAGCACCCCUGAAGUACAGUUUGUCUCCCGAGAGGCCGCAGAUUGUCGAGACGUUCAUCCAGCAGCUGAUGGAGGGAGCUGAGGAGGCGGAGGGACAGCUGAUGGUCCCUCACGAUCGCCUCCAGCGGAGUCUCACUCAGCUCGGCUGCUCCCUGAUGGAGCGAGAGCGUCGCAGCUUCCUGCUUUACUCCCAGUUUUAUGAGCAGAUCCUGCAGCAGGAGACUCAGCUGCUGCGUCAGAGAGAACAGGAUCUAAAGAAUUGCACCAACUCCAAGACGAGCAACGCUCACAAUGAGGUGGCUGCUGUUUGUCGCGGGCUGAUGUUGGAGGUCUCGGCGCUGCAGGCUCGGGUCGCUCACCUGGAACAAGAGAAGAGUUCUCUGGAGGAGAAGCUCAGUCUCACAUUUAAAGAACGCUACGACCCUCUGGUCCGACACCUGUUCUCCACCUGCAUCCAGCUCAAGGCCAGACUCGACCAGUACCGCCGACAGAUGGAGCAGGAUGUGAGCGAGAUGGUGAACAGAGUCAGAGGCGAAGGAGUGGACAGAAUUAUAAAACUCAAGAAGACGUACGGCUGCACCACAGACAACGAUGGACUCACCCUCACACAAGUAAAGAAAGAAGAAGUCCAUGAGUUGCAGCUGGAGAACAGGCGGCUGGCUGCUCUGCUCUGUAAGCUGAAGGCUCUGAGCAGCUGGAGGCGGCUGGUCGACCAGGAGAAACUUCACCGACAGCUGCUUCAGACUCAGCAGAGGGAGAUUAUCAGCCGCACCGAGGCUCUCAGAGUGAAGAUGACCUCAGAGGAGGAGGUGGUGCUCCUGCAGGAGGAGCUGGAGGCUGCGAGGGAGGUGUUGGCUCGCUGUCAGGCCGAGUGCAGCAGCACCAAGAGGCUGCUCAGCAGGAAGACAGAGGAGCUCCAGGUGUCCAGGCAUCAGUCGGCUCAGGAGGCCCGCAGCAGGCAGGAGCUGGACGGCUAUCGAGUGCAGCGGCUGGAACAAAUGAGAGCCGACAUGGAGGACAGAGAGAGGCAGCUCAGGGAGCUCAGCCAGCAGCUGGACAGAGGCAGCAGGAUGAACCAGCUACAGCGGCAACGCAGCGCCAAAGAGAUCCGACAGGUGAGGGGGCAGCUGCAACACGAGCUCAGCCUCAAACACGAAGCCUUCGAGCAGGUGGAUAAACUGCAGAGCCAGGUGAGCGACAUGGAGGCGGCUCUCUCCAGAAGCAACUCCACGGCAGGGCAAAGCAGGACUUAUUACACGCUGUCAGUCAGCAGAUUGAGCACUGGAGGUCCCUCAGCAGGUCUACACCGGGCCGGUCGGCAGCGGUCCGCCCCGCAGCUUGGCAGCCUCACAAACCACGCCACGCUUCAGGACUUUGCUGUGGAGCCAAGACACCAGAGAGCCGAAACAGCCAGGAGCCGCUCUACCACAAGAAUAGACCGGCCGAAAGCAGAUCCAGCUCGCCUGCGUGUCGCGACCGCUGAGACGUCUCUACCAGACCUGUGAGCUGUUCUGUAGAGCAACACCGACCUUGUUUAACACGUUUAGCUGCCGUUUGUCAUGCAGAGCGCUCUGCGGCGUCUGGGCCGACUUGCUGAUUCCACCAGGUCUUAUUUAUGUUACUUUAAAAGCUAAAACACAAACCUCAGACAGGGUUUGACUCGUUUUCAUUCAUUAACACCUUUUUAUUAUUUAGUAUUUUUAUCCACCAGCCAUAAAUUGUACAUGUGUCUUCUCUUCAAAAGCACCGUGCAGCACCGUUACCACUUUUCAGUCCCACGUGUUGACAUAACACUCAGUAAUUAUGAGAUCAUUUCUAUGAAUCGAAAAUAAAAUGUUAUAGUUGCUCUUGAUUGUUUUCUAGCGCUGUAUUUUCCUCAUGAGCAUGUUUGCCAAAUGUGUCGACUCUCAGAUCUCAGAGUUUCCUUGGAGACAAAGCGACACA